AUGCCAGACACAACUCGGAGCGUCCUCAACGAGAUCCCCUUACUAGCACGACCUCGCACGGGCACUAAUGCAUCCCAGGCGACUGGUACGGGAGUACGCUUUGUGGCCCCGCCCGCUGGGACGACUUUGCAGCGGUUCCAAAGGCAGCGCGACCGUAUCCUCACUUCGCAACGACGAUGGGAGAGCAUCAAGUCUGACUUGCCGCCCCAACUUUCUCGCAAACAUAUCGGGAUGAUAUCCAUCGGUGGUGUGAUUGGUACAGGCCUCUUCCUCGGGUCGGCAGAUGCCAUCCGCUACGGAGGACCGGUUGGGGCGUUUCUCGGAUACAUGAUAGUGGGUACUGUCGUGUACUCCUUGUGCGUAUCAAUAGGAGAGAUGAUAGCCUACCUACCGAAUGUGGGCGGAGUCGUGGGUCUCGCCGACCUUUACGUGGACCCCGCACUCGGGUUCUCAUUAGGAUGGGCAGCUUGGUAUAACUGGAGUGUCACGCUGCCGGCAGAGAUCACUGCGGCGGCCGUUGUCAUUGGAUACUGGGAUAUCGCGGGCAAGAUUCACGUUGCAAUCACGUCCGGCUUCUUUUUAGUCAUUGCAACAGCGAUCAACUGCUUCCCCUCAAGAUACUACGGAGAGGUAGAGUUUUACUUGUCAUGUCUGAAGGUGACCACGAUCGUCAUCAUAGUACUCAUCGGUCUGCUCAUCGACCUUGGGGCAUCCCAUCAAGGGACUAUCGGGUUCAGAACAUGGAAGGAGCAGCCCUUCGCGGAUUCCUAUCUUGGUAUUCACGGACCUAAGGGGCAAUUCCUUGGAUUUUGGGCUGUCCUCAUGCAGGCGUCUUUCUCGUUCUUUGGCUCUGAGGUGCCUGGUAUAGCUGCGGGAGAAGUCAUUGAUGCAACGCGGAAUGUUCCGCGGGCUCUGCGCAAAGUGUGGAUUCGAAUCACGUUAUUCUACCUCGGCGGCAUGCUGUGUGCGGGCCUUCUCGUGCCCGCCGAUACUCCGCUUCUGUCCACCGAUGAUCAGACAGGCAGACGCUCGCCGUUCGUGAUCGCAUUCACGCUCGCCGGAUACAAGGUGCUCCCGGACCUUGUAAACGCAUCAAUUCUCAUCUCUGCGUGGUCUGCGGCGGCGUCGGACAUCUACAUCAGCAGCCGAUUUCUGUUCUUCCUCGCUCGGCGGGGCCACGCGCCCUCUUUCCUAGCACAUCUGUUCAGGCUCAACCAGUCACGCGUGGCAGAGGUCCACGAAAGCGAGAGCGAGACGACCGAUGCGUCCGAUACGAACAGCGACGAUGAGGACUCUGUCGUCGAGGAGCCACGCAUGAGUCCGACGAUAGAGGACGGUCUUGGCAUCGUGGAAGACGCGGACCCAUCGCUCGACAAGGGCUCGACCUACGUCUUGCCGCUGGCUAGCGUCCUCGUCUCUGCGUCGGUCGGCCUCUUGACGUUUUUGAGCUCUACCGCGGGCAGCGCCAACGCGGCUUUCCAAUGGCUUGUCGCCGUCGCAAGUGUUGCGUCUCUGCAGUCGUGGGCUGGAAUGCUGUACACAUAUAUCAGGUGGCACCAAGGCACGACGUACGUCGAGAAGAAGUGCAAAGACUCGGCAGAGAUGUCGCCGGAUGACCGGGAGGCUACGAUGACACAAAUUAACGAGAUCAAGAAGAACCGACAAUGGGGCCAGCCAUACAUCGCGUGGUACGCGUUCUCAUUGUGUAUCUUGGUGCUCUUCACGAACGGAUGGGCGGUGUUCGUGCAUAAUGGCUGGAAGAUAGCCGAAACGACAGACGACAAUUCCCCUUCGUACAAGGAUAGCGAUAAAGAGGCCAACCCGGUCUCGCAGUUCCUCUCGGCCUAUGUCCCGAUGCCAUUCUUCCUGCUGCUCACGUUCGGGUACAAGCUCAUCAAGCAAACACAGAUGACGCCGCUCGACGAGAUGGUGUUCUACCGCGGCAGAGUCCCGCCGCGCGACAUGGACAAUGAGACGCCGAAGAACCGCCUGGAGAGGUUUUUGCAGUGGACCCGCAUCAUAUAGCGGUACUGUUGGGUGCGAAGUACAUAGUUCUCGUCAACUGACAGGAGGGUAUAUG